UGCAUCUCUUCUGAAUAACAUCGAAUAAGAUAAACAAUUUUGUGUUUACAUCGAACUCGCUUCGGUAGAUACAUAGUAGUUUCAAUACAAAAUAAAACGAUCUCUUUUUUGUCAGAUGAAAAACAUUUAUGAUAAAUAUAGUAAAUAACCGAGAUACAUAGUAGAGCACUCGCUCUGUUUUCUAAAUCAAAGAUGUUCAGAUUUUAAUACUAUCAACUGAAUUUCAAUGAAUUAUACACUAAAUUUUAAGUACAAAAAUACAAUAAAUGUAAUAAAUCACUAAUGUAUAUAAAAGACGACUCUCUCCUUUCCGCGGAUCAGACACAUGUAACAUUUAAUACUAUCACUCGAAGUCAAAUAAACCAUAAUUUUCUAAUAUUAAACUAGCUCUAUCUCUCUUACACUUUCUUUCUUUUCUACUAUUCUAACAAGAUAUAUCUUACGUAAUAAGCCGAUAGGAACUCCUGCGACGAAAAAGAGACAUUCUUUCUGCUAAACUACUUCAACGCAAUCUCAGUAUCUAUAAAUAAAUAUCGGUCACUCUAUCAAGCGCGACAUAGGUGUAGUUAAAAAAAAAAGAAAUAAGAAUAAAAAGGUAGGAAGGGAAAAUACAAAAGGAACAAAAGAUUGGCGGGUAUUCGACGAAAGAUAAAGGCAGCACGGGCGGCAAGGCAAACUUAUUUCCUGCACGACAGUGCGUGUUUCAUCGAUAUGCUCGUACGCAGCUUUACGAUUCCGCGUUCACUCUCAAGGCAUUCUGAUGCAAGGCGUGGUGCCACAGUUUGUCGAGCCAGAUAUCGUUAAAACUCGCUUUCCUUUACUCGCGUCACGCACAUGCACAAUUUUCGUCUUUCUAUUAUCGAUGUGUGAUUAUUAUUAUCGAACUAAAAGAGUUUCGUUCGACGUGAUUUACGGAAGAUCGAUCAAUUAUACUCGGAAUAUUUCCUCUGGAAUUUUAUUAAGGAUCUUUAUUUAUAACUAGAUUUAUGUUUGUUGUUAUUUAAACUUCUUUCAUAAAUUAUUCCUUUGAUGAAUUAUUAUAUUAAGCUUUACGUUUAUGUGAAAACUCUGUAACAUUUGAAUUACUAAGAUAAUUAAAAUUUAUCUUUACAAUAGUGUCGUAUUAUAACGAUAAAAUUUUACUUCAAUCUUAUACGCUAACAUAAAAUUUCUCUUGAAUAAAAUAUCAAACCGAAACUAAUAAAAUACGACUACAAAUUGAGAUGUCUCUAACAUUUAUUAUAUAACAUAUGUUAGCACUAUGUAUCGAAACUAUACUGAAACGUAUCAAAUCAGAGAAUAAUAUUAUGAAAUAUGAAUAAAAACGUACUCAUCGAUACUUCCGUUGAUUAAAACACUUUGAUUAGUGUAAUUAAUAGCUUUCUAUAAACAGUUAUUCCAAUUAACAGUUCUCAGGAAAAAGAAAUAUCAUUUCCUUGCUGAUAGUCUUCAAUUAUACAGUAGUCGAUCGAUUCGAUAAAUGGAAACAUCGACGAGUAAUUUUCCUCAUUCAACUUAUCGAUACGCAUCAAAUUUUCGCACGUGUACUCUGUUCUUACCAUUUAAUUACGUGGAUAUUUUCACACAGCUAUGGUGCAUCAAGAUGUCCGUGAAACACGGGACGUGAGAGACUGAAAAAUGGAAACAAGUGUACCACACGCAUUGUCAUAAAAGGAACGCUAUCGGAUUAUUCGCGUGAUUAAGAAUUUAUACACUCUGGCCUUCCAUAAAUAACGAGAAGCAAUUGUUUGGCCGUAAAGAUAGGACAAUGCGUUCAUGGACGUUUCUCAUGUCGGAGAAAUAAUCUAUUCGGUUCGUACGUGGAUUCACGUGAGAAUAGUUUUGCUAUUGCCAUGUUUCAUAAGAGUGCAAAGUCUUCGAAAUCCUUGGAAUAUUAGUUCAUAGUCACGAUUAUAGCAAUCCAUUGCUACUCUCUUUAGGGAUAUGUUGUGUAAAUUCUGUCUGGUUCGAUUAAGAUUUUCGAUUGAUAGAAUCUAGAACUAUAGGAAAGGAAUAUGAACGAUAAAAUAUACUCAACAAACUUUAAAGGUCACGAGAUAAAAGCCAAACCAAUACUUACUCCAUUUACUUACUUGUUACUUACUAAUGCAACAUAUAUGGGAACCUUUAAUUGCGGAUAAUUUGGUUAGGGCAAAAAAUUAUGCUUUCAAACAAAGUUUGGAGACGAUAAAAGGAGCUGCGUAUUAUCGAUGGUAUAACAGAGAUGAUUGACAAACUAGUCAAAAUUACAAUAAAAAGAUCAAAAAAUAUUAGAAGUGAUAGAUACUUGUUACAAUAAAAUAUGAUCAAUUAGUGUUAAAUCGCAAGAUGGAGUAAGAUUAAGUUAAUGGACUAAUAAUAGUGGCAUUAGAUUUUUUAAAUCCAUCACAGAAAAAUAUUUAAUAUAUCUUCAACUUUUUAAUUCCUCCAGCAAUGCUUAGAUUUCACGACAGACUUACUGAAUAUCUACUUUGAACAAAAAGAGUAAAUUGAUAAUUAGAUAUUGUCUUAAUUCUGCUUAUAAUUCCUAUUAUUAAUUACAUACAAAAAAUAUAGCUCGAGCCAGAAAAGAAUUUCUCAAUCUCGCAUGUAACACCAUUUAAUCGUGUCUUCGUAAUAAUAACUUCAGUUUUGAUAGAACGUGACCACAUUGUUAGUAACACGUAGUGGAUGUAAUAACGUUUCGGAUUGUUACAUAGAAAUAGAAAGUGGAGUAUGGUCAAUUACAGAAGGCUGUCUGCUGAAAAGAAUGCUGGUGAAAACAAGAUCAAUCGAAACUCGAUAAAAAAAUUGUUGCAAUACUCCUUUAAAAUGUUAAACAACUUUGAUCUGAUUUCUGUGCGUGCCAAUUUGAUUUUAUAUGGCUCAAUUAAAAAGUAUAAUGCCAUUGCGUACUGUAAUUCUUUUUAUCAUUAAACUAAGGUGUAGAAGAGUAGAACACCUGCAAAUUAUGAAAGCAAUGAAAAUUCUUUGAAUACAUGUAUGUAACAAUAACACAAAACAUUAUCGAGGAGAUACAUAUGAGGAGGCGCCAGAGUUUAUAUUAACAUAAUAAAUAUUUCAGAUUUUAUAGAAUAAAAAAUCUUGUGCUUCAAUGUAACAAAUAUCCAGCACGCCAUGUUGCAAAAUAAAUAAUUAGUGCUAGAAUUAAUGGGUAAUUAUUUCUUUUUCUUAGUAUUCUUCUUUCAAUAGACUUUAGUUCAACAAUACUCAGAAGUUCUUUAUCAUGAACAAUAAAACAAAUACAAAGAAUACAUUAAAUCUUAUACUGUUUUUAUUAUUUUAUUAACAUGAAUUAUUACCAAUGAGACGAAGAGGACGAAAUAAACUAAAAAUAAAUUCGCUUUGGAAUUUUCCAAUUAAAGUUAAUUAUGUUAAAAUACUUUAAGAUAUCUUAUAUCGCAAACUUGACUAUCUCUUUACAAACUCCAAUACAAAUUGCGAUAAUCUUGAAUCAUUGUAUUAUCAUUACCAGAACGUGAUGAAUAUUUAAUUACAAAAAUAUAAAUUGGUAACACACGAUAGUGAUCGAAUUAUUCACAUGAAUGAUGUAUAAUACAACGUCCGUUAUCAUUAACACUAAAAUAUCCGAUAAUGUGAAUUCCUGAAUGAAUAAUCCCAAUGUAAUCUAGUAAUUGACUUCUACAUCUUCGUACGCUCAAUUACCUAUGGAAAUUGUCAAGUACCAUAAAAGAUCCAUCCAUUUAAUUUAAUCUCAUAGGGUAGCUUCGAAAAGAGUGACACGUGAAAGGCAGGAGUUUGCAAUUUGGACUGACCUUGCAUACCUUCCAACAAGUCAUAUCGUUCUAUAUUGCAUAUUAAAACAGUUUAGUCUUUCUCUUGGAUUCUACCGGAAGCCUCUGCACCACCCGCAAUGUUUCCGCUCUAAAUCGCAUUCGUAUCUGGCAGCUAAGAGGCUGAAAUAAUUCAGUACAUUCUCUCUGAUAUGAUUUUGAAUUGAAAAAAUUGUCUCCUUUCAUUUACGUAAAUAAAGUUUUAUUUAUUAGUUUAGAGUAGAAAAAAAUUCUAUUUAAUAAUUUGGAAUAAAAUUUAUCUUACAAAUAGAACUGUACAUAAAAGUAUAAUUAUUUAUAAUGUAAACAAUGAGUACUUGUAUAAUUUUCCUUGCAUUAUUAUUAUACAAAAUAUUUCUAUAAUGAAUAUUCUAUUUCGAUUUUUUCCCUGUAUGUAACUGUACCCCAGACAAUUUUUUAUGAAUCACUCCGUAUAUGAUUACAUCAUAUGGAGAACCUUCUCCUGAAAGAAGACACAUUCUCCAUGAAAUUUAAUAUCAACUUGGAAAUAACUGACCUAUUUGAAUAAGCUUUCUCAUAAUAUAAAUUUAGCAACAAUGGAUUGACUAACUUUACACGUACAGGCACUAAAGAUGCAUAAAAUAUGUAUUUCCACCGAAACAUAAAUUAUAUCUAAAAAUACUUUAUUUAUGCUUUCCGUUAAUGUUGCGUUUAUGAAAAUAUAAAAUUCAAUAUGUAUAGAAAUACAUACUUAACACUUAAUAAAUACUUUAAUAAAUACAAUAGUUUCUACCAAUUUUCUACAAAAUUACAUUUUACUGUAAAGAUAACUGCAUUAGUAAAUUUAAAUUAGUAAAUUUCCAUACCUUUCUAUAAAAUUCCACAAUCUUAUACCUUACUGUCACGCCUAUCCCACAAAAUCCGUCAAAUAAAGUAAAUUUAAUAAAAUUCCUUAUGCAUAUAAAAUCGUACAGUGAUAAAUAUAGCUUGAUCCCUAAUAAGUUAAACAGCUUUCUGAAGGCGAAGGUGGUGCCCUGGCGCCAAUUGUACAGAUCAACUGACACAAUUCAGCCAGUUAAAAGAGGCCGAAAGGAAUCAGCGCACUUGCUUGUUCCUCGGUGGACACACGAAAUUGACCGGCCAAUCUCCCUUUCACCGGUUGGCAUUGAGAACGCGGCAUACAGACAGGUCAUCGGUAAAAUGAAGUCGCGCGAAGGAGUAUGUAAUCUGGGUCGUUGGCGGGCAAUUAUUGUGAUUCUUAAUCGCGAGGUGCACGCCCGCUGGAAGUCGAGCUUUAAAUUGCAACGAAUGGAAUCUUUCGACGAACCUUGAAAACGCAAUUUUAUUAUUCCUGGAAAGAGAAGACACACCGGGUCAUUUCUGCCUUUCUUACCAACACGUAAUACGAUUACGGGUUAUUAUAAUUCAUACGAGGGAUGCGGAUGGGUUACUCAGAGAUUUACGUGGGAAUUGUGAUUGAGGUCGAUCAUUGUUCGAGAAUAGCGAUUACGGGGCAAUUUAGAAAAAUAGACGUUGCUGUAUUGAAGUUAAUUGUUUCAUGCUAAUUCUUAAUGUUGCUGCCUUUCUACGAAUGAAUUUCAUUUUCAAUUACACUUUGAAACGAGUUAAGCAUAUUGUAAAACUUAUAUAGGGUAUGAUAUAGUAUUUAUUAUAAAGAUUCACGUGGUAUUUUAUGAUUUCGAUUUAUAUUAUUGCUUUGUAUUCAUUAAUUAAGCGGUUAGAUAUAUAUGCUUACGUAAGUACUUAUACGUAUUGAAGAUUCAUGGCUUUUAUAUAAAAGAAAGUUAAUCUAUAUAAAUUGUCCGUUUAUUCCAAAUUGGGAGUUCUUAAUUAUUUUCAGACGAUAGUACGAAAUGAUAUGAGGAAUUUAAGAAUGUGACUACGUUUAAUUUCUAUAACGUUCGCUCUGUUGUUGAUUGUGGACAAUAUAUUCGAGAAGAAAAGAUGUUCUAUUUAUCACAACAUAAAACUAUUCAUCGCAACGAAAUAUAAAAGGAAGAGACUCUUUGAACAUCUUAUUCAAAAAACGAAAUUAUGACAGUUAUCGCAAAAGAGAUUGCAUCAUUAAAAAAAAAGUAAAACAUAUUACCUACUUAAAACGUUACAUAAACUGGCGAGAAGAAAUUAACAAGGUGAAAUUCGACAAUCGCUAUAUAAAGGAAAUUAUAUAAAAAUGAUUACUCUCAUUAAACUAUCAUUAUACAGUCUACAUAUUCAUUAUAUCCUUUCCAUUUACAGUGAAUCCAAAAAGUACUUGCACAUUCAAUGAAUCAUCUUUUGUUUAAGGAAGUCUCAGUUCUUAAAAUUAAAAUUACAUUAGUGUACUCAAUUACUCAAAGUGUUAUUAAAACACUUUUAAGCUCUAACACACCUGAUACAUCUAUAUCCAAUUAAUCAGUACACAUAUGCCAAAACAGAAGCAACGGAUAUAAGAAAAUAUUUCUCCAACCUCCUCUAUAUAUUUAAAUGCAUAACAAAUGCAUGGAGAAAAAAAGUUAUUAUUCUCACGCAAUUAAUGUAAAACGAAUUUACUUUUAAAAAUUCACAAUAGCUCGCCUUUAGUUCUUACGAUAGUCUGCAUUACAUUUUAGAUUAGCAACGAGGAUUCGUACGACUUUCUAGCAACACCGAUAAACAAAUUAAUUUUCACGAGAGGCUUAAACACCAGAAACUUAAUUAUUGGAAAUUAUACGUUCGGGAGAAAUUACGGAAGCGAGUCGUCAGGUAUACAAAAUAUAUCGAUCAACCGCAAAUCUAACGAGCAGCGUGCCAAUAGAAAGUUACAAAACGCCGAUCGACCGCUAAUUUUACGGCGGAAACCAAGGCGGUCAGUUGCGCAUUUCGCAAAAGUCAAGUGAAAACGACGAGUAUCAAGCUCGGUUUUAAAAGCCGAGCUUUGUCUUGCCGAAUCGCGAUUUGACCUUGCGUUCGGUCAGUUUCAAGGUGACAACCGACAGAACCGAUGCUCUCUUUUUCCCUUUCCCUUAUCAAUGUCGCGAAAAUUUUUACUCCAAGGAAUUCCAAAAAUACCAGGAUCCUUUUGCACCAAUAUAAUGUGAGAACUAUAUGUAAUGAAAUAAUUUAGUAAAUUAUGUACAGUUUUACGAAAUUUUUAUUGGAUCUAAUUCGGUUCCAUUUCCUUAUAUCAAUUCAUGAAAAUAUAAAACAUGAACAUCGUAGUAAAUAAGAAAUAAUAGUGAAUUUGCGUAUCAUUCGUAAAGUUUUAGAAAACAAACGCGUACGAUACAAUAUAAUAAAAAAAGGUAUGCUUCUUUCUCUUACAUGGGCAAUUUUUGUAUUAUUAGAUUAUUAUUAUUUAUUUACCUUAAAAUCCUCUAUUUCUCAGUAGCCGAUAACUAGGUUAAAGACACGUUCUACACAUCUUUACUCGACCAAGUUUACCAUCGCAUCGUUAUUACUGGAGAAGCAACACGUGCGCUUUGACACGUGAUUUUAGCUAUCGAAUUGAUUAUGUGAACGUUACUUCAUUGGCGUAAUUAUUCUUACAAGAUCGAAAGUAUCGUUACAGGCAGUACUAUAAUUAAGGAUUAAACGCGUGCUAGCUAGUUGAUUCUGUCUCAUUUCAUUCCAUAAAUGUAUAACUAGUCUACGAUCCACGAUCAAGCACAGUCUCUUAUUCGCUAUUAGCCAAAACGAUGUCAUAAUCAUUUAACCGAUUAUAUAAAUUACGGAAAAUCGUUAAAAAUUUAUAAAAUUAAUACAUCAAUCAAAGUAAUCAUAAAAUGAGGAACCAUUAAAACGGUAAAGCAAUAGAUAGUAAAUAGAAUGAACUAUUACGAGAAUAGAUGCUAUGUUUUAAUGAGAUUUUAUUUUAACUCUGUAACAAUGUAGUCUGAAUGUAAUUCAGUAAAUCAUCAAAUGUAGCAGAUACCUAUCAUAAAAUUCACAUUUUAAAUAUCAUCUUGCGUAACACAAUUGUUAAUACCUAUUUCGUAUAAAAAUUGGAAACGUCUACUUUUUGUAUCUAAAACUUCUUUUCAUUUUAUUCACUGUCAAAGGAUUAACAUUCUGUUAUUUUUAGGAUAUUGUAAAAAUUAAGUAUUGCGCUAUAUAGUCUACGAAUUUCGUGUAAAUUUUUCAUACGAUUAUCGCUUUAAACUCUAUUAUUUAACGCUUCUCUUGCGUUUCAACGCCUCAAAUAAUAGAUUUCCAAAUUGACAUCAAGUCAUUACGUUAAUGAAUGAAAACUUUUAAUUUAAAAAUCGCGAUGUUUAAAUAUAUUUUCUAAUUUCCAGAGACUUCCAUUGGUUAAUUGUAAGUCAUUAUAAAGCGACAACUGACUAGGCAACACUGCUUCUAACGGUAGUGCUUGAAUGACAUUUGAACUUUGAAAUUUUUUCACUUAAAGAAAGCUGAAGGAUAAAUAAUUAUUGUCUUCAGUGAAUUACAUGCUAAGUAUAUAUACGUAAGAGACAAUAUAUUUACCACUACUUUUCUAUUCCAUUCUUAAACAGUUCUAAAUUAUGUAGUGCGUGCUUAAAAUAUAAUACCCAACUAUACUAUAUCAUUAAAAGAACAAAUAAAUCAAUAAGAAAUUUAAAAAUAAAUAAUAAUUAAAUCUACUUUAAGAUAUUCUUUAUAUCAAAUUUACUUAAACCGUAAGUAAAAAGUUGUAUACAAAAGAAUGGUAUCUCUUAAAUAAAGAGCUGUUAAACUAUAAUUUCAUUUUAUGCAUUCCUUUUUAUGGAAAAUCCGUAUCAAAUACGGAAUUUUUAAUAUAUUGUAUAAAAUAAUUAGUAAGCUCCAGAUAUUUAUGCAAAUUCAUAUUUUAAUAUCAUAGUGCAUGCGUAACUGGAAUUACAGGACUCAGAGAGUUAACGAACCAACAUAGACAAAAUUUCAAAUUUCCCGCGGUGAAAUAUUUUUCACCCAGUAUCGGAAAAAUCCAGAAUAUAUAGAAACAUGAAUAAAUUUUGGUACCGGUAUUCAUGGUAAAAGUGCAUUCGUUAAAUUAUUUCAUUCAGUGGCUAUAGGUAUAAUUUCUGUAGCGUGACCUCGAUAUCUACAUCGCCACUUUUACAUAAUAAUUUCACCUUAGAAACCCGCAGCUGAACAACUUCGUGUGUCGAAUAUUACUUUUGUGUUAUUAUUAAUAUCAUAUCGGAAGAAGGAUUGCAAACUUUGAAACUGCAAUCGCAUUAUAAGAUAUUCAUACCGGAUAUCCAUAAAAUAUGUCGCAAACUAAUACAUAUAUUCAUGCGUGAAUAGCGACACAUAAUAAAUUGUAGAAAGUUGGUUCACUAGAAUUUAAAAAAAUUGCAUUAUAAAUACUGUAUUAAAAUAUUUAUUAAUAUUAACCAUUUAUUAAUCUAAAGCAAAAAUAUCGUUGAAUGUGAAGUGCUCAUAAGUAAAAAACCUCUGCUCAACUUCAAAAUAUAAUAUUUGUGAAAUAUAAUAAGUGAUAAAUAUUUAAUAGAAGGCUACAAAUGAUUAUAUAAUACAAGUUUCUAUGCGUAUUAACUAUAAAAUAUAUAUCGUACUAAUACAAUAGAAAACUUACAGAAUCAAGCAAACAUUCUACGUUCUUAUGUCAACUUCCAUUAAAAUAAAAAGUUCCCGAAUUUCGUGACUAUAUCGCGACGCAAUACACAGAUUCCUAAAAUUCCAUUCUCGUAGAAUUGUGAACUUAAUUCAAACCAUCCAUCGACAAACCAUCGAUAAACACCUUGAGCGUUUGAGACACUAAAUUCGAAGUAGAUAUACCGAUACCAGCCGUAAUAAGACACAUACGGUGACCGAUCGUGCAGGAAUCAGGCAUACAGUGAAAGGUUUGAGACAGACAAUAAAAAUUGUUGAACGCUAGAUCGGUAGUCCAAUCGAGAACUUAAGAAUGAUUUUCAAGAGUGACGAGAAACCAGAACAACCUGCCGGGCAACGUGUCCCGUAUACGAGUUACUGCAACGGUAAUAUAAGAGGACACUGGGACAAAUUGGAUCCAUUCUCUCGCUCGAAAACCCGACGUCUAAACAGUCCUUGCCGCUUCUUAUCUAUGAACACCGACGCACCAAAUAAUUACAAGCUCCAAUUAAUUACUAUGGUAGGCAGAAAACUGCGGACAGAUAGAUCCUUGCAAAAGUGAAAUUUGAAGAGUCGCGUUAAUUUUACAGAAUUAUAAUUAAUAUUGAACACAAGAGCGUAACAAGUAAAAGAAAACAGUACAUGAAAUAAACACUAUUUUACAUAAUAUAGUUAUGCAAUACUAGUUAGAAUCUUUAAAAAUAUUACAUUCGGUACAUAAAGCGAACAAUGUUAAGAAAGCUUUCCUUCCUCUCUGUAUAUGAUCAAAUACUCAAUUUUAACAAACUGAAGAACAAUUCGAAAAAGUAUCAGAAACCAUAACAUCUACAUGCUGUUGCUUUCCUUGACAAACAUUAUAAUUCAUAAUGAGUAAUAAAAAAAUCUCAAUUAAUCAGUCUUCCUAAAUGCAGAAAAAUAUGGAGAGACAGCGGAAUGCAGUCCUUAUUUAGCCGUAUAUAAAAUACAUAUACGUGGCGUCAAAGUUGUUGAUCGGUCCACGUUGCGAUCGAUUUUCCAGAUUCUCGAGAACCGGGGCUAGUCUGGUGGGGAAUAUUUAGGGGAUAUAAGGUGCUGUAACGAGACAAGGCGGCCGUAUAUACAGGAGUCGAAUAGAUAGUGAAAGUCCCCCAGAGCUAACAGGAGUAUAGAGGGCAAGAGGGGGGUAGGAACGGGGGACCCCAGUAAGGUAUAUGAGGGCCUCAGUUCGAGCAACCGCUGGUACUCUAGCCUCGCUGCCUACUUACAUUCACACACACUAACACACCAACCACCUGGAACACAAUGCGCACGGUCGCGACGGUACUAUUACUGGUAGCUGCCAUACUAGUAGUAUCGGCUCAGCAAUACCAGCAACCAGAUGCCAACUACGUAGACGAAUACUCAGCAUACGAGUCUCCAAGACCGACUCAUCCGACUCCCCGAAGUUAUGCCGCUAAUUCGGCGCCAAAUCGGCAAUCGGCUGGCCCCACAACCCCGAAACCAACCCCGGUGGCCAUCCUGAAGCAGAUCAACAGGCACAACGAAGACGGCUCGUAUACGUACGGGUUCGAAGGCGCGGAUGGGUCUUUUAAGAUCGAGACGAAACUACCAACCGGAGAAGUGAAGGGUAAAUACGGAUUCGUCGAUGACACCGGCAAAGUACGUGUAGUCGAAUAUGGAGCGAAUCAAUACGGUUUCCAACCCGCUGGCGAGGGUAUCACGGUCGCACCACCGACUCUGGUCGACGACACUACCAGUAAGGAAGCUCUGCAAGCACAAAACUACCAAGAGGAGUACCAACAACCGGCUGCCAGACCUGCACCACUUCGAGCAGUCGCGCCUGCGCCAGCACCUCGCCCUGCACCCCUUCAACAGAUUCAAUACGGACAGCCAGCUUACCAACAGCCCCAAACUCACACCGAAGCCGUCUAUUCACCGCAACUGGCGCCCAGACAGCAGCCAAGUCUUCCGAAACCGCCAAUUUUCACGCCUGCUGCUCCUCAAUCCCCCCUCACUAAACAAACCACUCUCCUUCAACCUGAAGAACCAGCGCCGCCAUCUCAAUUGUAUAAUCAGGGACCAGCCCAGUUUGGCCCUGCUCCUGUUCAAGAACACCGUUCCCAGCCACAACCUCGUAGCCAAAGCGGCGGCAUCCUUGAUCAAUUAGCUAGGGAUUAUGCUCUGCCACAGGGCGUCGCACCACCGUUGCACGACAUCAGCUUCGGUUAUUACUAGAUCCUCUAGUCCCUCCCGUGUUCGUCAGGGUGGUUCCCGUGCGUUUUGAUCUGUCCGUAUUGUCUGAAGACGCGAUGCUUCGAUGGCGCACCCUUUUCGCCGUGAUCGCGGCGUGGCCCAUCGGUGACGAUGGGUGGCACUGUGAUUCGUACGUCGCGCGUCGAUUAUUACCGAAGAGAAUAUCGAGAAUUUAAGGCACAUUGCAAUCCAGCGAGGAAAUUGAAUCGAAAUCGAUAAUUUGAUUAUUGUUUCUAUUUUCUUCAUUGAUAUCUUUUUUCUUUUUGUAAAAUAAGAGAAUAAAGUGAAGGUUCUUGAGUUUUUCUUCGGUAAUAAACAAAUCGCUGUCAUGGCUGCCUACCGAGUCGAACUUUUGUUUCUUUCGAUGAAGGUACGAAUCCAUUCUUGCCAUUGGAAUCAAAUGUGAUAAGCAUGUUUGAUGAAACGUGCAGUGGAAAUGUAAAGAAUGAUCUCUAAGUAUUUGUUCAGAAUAAUUAUUAGUAACGAAACCUAUAUCGAAUGGAAUCAUUUUAUCUCUUUUUUAAACUUUAUUUCUCCAAUCAGGAUCUUCUAAGGAGAGAUUUCGAAAGGUCAAGGAUUCUUUCAUUUCCGUAUCGCGAAUAGACUUUUUACGUAAAACCCUGUCAAAAUCAUUAACCCUGUGUGUAAGGAAGGUUGUAAAAAUGUUGUAAAUAAAAAUUCCACAUUCCACGGUAGGCUUCCGUGCUGGUUUUAGUCUUAGAGAACGCAGCUUGCACACGCGUCAUAAGUGUACCGUUACAAUUUCAUUUCAAGGAGACCCUCACUUUGUCAAGCUGUGUCUUCGAGUUCGUGUCUCACGGGACUGCACAAUAAAAUUCAGCACGCUUACUAUUAUAUUAUAUUUUAAUUAUAUUAUUAUAAGGUAAAUUAGAUUGGAAUAAAUCGCGAGGACAACUCAACACUUUUUAUAAUCGUAACUCUGAUAUACCGCCCUUCAAUGAAAAUUCGAAGUAUUUUCACCCACGACUCAUUAUAUAAUUUACACAAGUUGAAGGUAAAUGUUUCGUUUUAAUUUUGUUAAUGAUUGUAAUGGAGAUAGUAAAGGCGAAAGAAAUAUUAAUAAACGUUUCCAACUUA